UUGUGGUGAGUGUGAGGUUGUGCAUGGCAGUCACUGGCAGCGGUGCAGUGGCCAACGUCCAGGAAAGGACCCAGGGUACUCGGACCCUACCCGGGAGUGUCUCAUGCUGUCUGCGGCUGUGCCUGGGUUGGGUGGGGGCUAUAGGGGGUGCAGUUGGGGUCCCUGUGAUCGUGUUACUCAACCUGCGCACCCCCCAGUGCCUGUACACCUGCAUAACUUUGGUGUGUUGUCCCAUGCUGGUCAGGCAGUUUACCAUGUUCCUGUUAAUGCUUCUUACACUGGACGCCCACCUGCAGCUUCACUUGGCAGACAGGUACUCCUCAGUGAUGACCCGUCAGCGAGCUUUGUGCGUGGUUCUGUUGUGCUGGGUGGGCUCUGUUCUGUCCUCCUUCGCCCAGUUCAUCGGCUCAGAUGUCCUCGACACCUGGAGAAGAGGUGAGACUGGUCCAGGCACAGCUGGCCUCGGGCUCCAUGGCAACUGGACAACCUCUUUACCACAUCUUACCCCAUCCCCACCCCCGAAGUAUCACCACGACCGCAAGGUCAUUGGAAAGUACCUUCCGUACGGAGGCUUCCUGUCAAAGUUUUAUGUGGAAGACAUGCACAACUUCACCUACGCUGAGAUUCAUAGCAGCCACUGGGGAGUGUGUGCCCCAGACACCAUUCUCAGUCCCCAGUUCCUAGUCUAUGUUCAUGGCAUGACAGUGUUCAUGCUCCCCUUGCUUUGCCUGCUGGCCAUUUACCUUGACCUACUAUGCAUUAAGCCAAGGAAGACUCCUUUUAGUCAUGCAGACCCCCCUAAACAUGACCCCUGCCAGGUCCGUUCGCUGGCUCUGUCCCUCUCCCUGUUAGUUCUGCUGUGCCUGCCGCUCCACAUUAUCCAUGCUCUCUUGCUUUUCACCCCCAAUACCAAUCUUCCUGCAUGGCCCCAUGCAGUUGCCAUGUUUCUCUUCCAGCUGUACAGUCUUGUGCCACAGCUCCUCUUCACUCCUCCUAAGAAUCAAGUGGGGGAAGAACGGGCAUCCUUUCCUCUGUCUGUUCCCCACCUUCCACCCGCAGUAGCCCCGUCCACAGUAAAAUCUGUCCGUAUGGCCCUGUGUGAGGCUGUGCAGGCAGCUCCAUGGUCUUCAGCCAAACACUCCCUUAAAGCCAAAGUGUGCCCAGAGGUCUGAAUUCUUGACAAAACGAAAAGACCUGGGCUGUUGUUCGCAGUGUAAACAUUUGUCAUCAUCUUCAGGCAGUUCAAUUCUUUUCUUAAAGCAAUGUUCCUUCUAUGUUUUGUGUGCAUGGGAAAAAAAAAAAAAAAGUGUUUGAAACAAAUAAAUAUGGCAAAUUCC